AUGGACAAACUUCCAAUUAAUGAAAAUGGAAAGAUUGACCGUAAACAAUUACCAAAAAUUGAACGUGGUCAUUCAUCAUUUCCUUUAUCUGAAACAACAUUAUCAAUGAUUACUACUACACCAAUAGAAGAAAAAAUAAAAGAGAUAUUUAUUGAAGCAUUUCAUUUAAAUUCUACUACAAAUAUUAACUUAGAUGCUUCAUUUGGUACAUUAGGUGGUACAUCAAUGGAUGCAAUGAAAGCUGUAACAUUAAUACGACAGCAAUUAUAUCCACAAAUUGAAAUCGGUCUCUUAUAUUCUAAUCCAUCAAUUCGUCAAUUAGCUAAAGUAUUAGAACCAAAGAUUUUUAAAAAUUUUCAACAUACAGUGAAUGAAUCUAUUUCUAUUGAUAAUAAUAAUAAUGAUAAUCGUCCUAAACCAUCAUUGUUAAUAGAAACAUUAGGUAUAAUUCUAUUAGUUUAUCAUUAUUUAUUUUCAAUAUGGACAACAAUGAAAUUCGUUGAAUAUAUUGAACCUUACAAUACAAUGAUUAAUAUAACACUGUAUAUAAUAUUAAUACCUUGUAUACAAUUAUUUCAUUAUAUCAUUUGGAAACAUUUAUUAUUUCCAUAUGGAAUGAAAUGUGAUACGAAAACUCAACUAUAUUCUUUUAAAUACUAUUCUUGGUGGUUUUUAAAUCGUCUAUGGAUAUUAAAUUCAAAACAAUUAAAUAUUUUAUUAGGAACAUUUUUGUAUAACUAUUACUUACGUAUGUGUGGUGCUCAAAUAGGAAAAAAUGUUCAUAUUUAUACAACUUUAAUUGAUGCACCAGAUCUAUUAGAAAUAAAAGAUUCAACAUUUAUUUCUACUGAUGUUCUACUAAAUAGUUUAUCUUAUCAAAAUACAACAUAUUCACUAAAUUCAAUAAGAAUUGGUUCUAAUUGCAAUAUUGGUUUUCAAAGUGUUCUUUAUAAUGGCGUCUACAUAGAAGACAAUGUUUCAAUUAAAUCAAUGUCAAGUAUUACUGGUCGUGUUGUUAUGUCAUCGAAUGAUGAAAAUGAACAAUUAUUGUCAAAUAAUCUAACUUGUUCAUUUUUACAACGUUUCUGUCAAUUAAUAUGUGUAGCAAUCAUUGUAUAUUUGCAUAGUAUUGCUAUUGUAAUAACCUAUUUUGUUUAUGUUAAAUUAUUUUAUUCGACAUAUUUUUGUAUAAGUAUUCCAAUAUGUUGGAUACUAUGGUCAUUUUUGUGUCUAUUUAUUACAUUAUUUUUAUUAAAAUUUAUUAUUGGUAAUACUCGACCCGGAUAUUAUGCUUUAAAUUCAUGGUAUUAUAUACAUAAAAUAUGGUUAAGACAAUUAAUUGUGUCAAGUUUUGACUAUUCAUUUACAAUUUUAGGUGGUUAUCAUUGUUGGUUUCCUAUUCUU